AACGAUGUUACUAAUUUUUUUUCAAUUUUUUCUAUAACUAUUUAUGUCGUAUGUAAAUGAUGGAUGCUAUGGCACCUAGUUAUAAAAAAAUCAUUGUCCAUGGAUAGCCAUAUAGUAAACAAAUGUCCAAACUGAGAGAGAACGGUUCGUUUUUGCAAAUGAAAAAAAGAAAGCAUUCCUCUUGUGCAAGCACAGUGCUAAAUGCUUAUCCUCGAUCGAUGAUGCAGGAGGAGCUUCACUAGCAGCUAGCCGGGGAGAUUGAAACCAGGGAGCAUUGGAGAAUUUUGGAGACGGAGAUGAACCUGAGACGGUUACGGGAGGUGUGGGGUGAGUGGGAGAUCCGCGUUCUUGUCCUGUCCAGCCUAUCCCUUCAGGUCUUCCUCCUCUUCACCGGCGGCCUGCGCAAGCGCAAAGCCGCUUGGUGGCUGCGCAUGCCACUCUGGCUUGCCUACCUCCUCGCCGACUACAUCGCCAUCUACGCGAUGGGCAACCUGUCCCAGAACCAGAAGCUCUGCGACGGCUCACUCGAUGGCGAGAUGCACCUCCUCGUCUUCUGGGCCCCUUUCCUCAUCCUUCAUCUCGGGGGGCAGGACACCAUCACCGCCUUCGCCGUGGAGGACAACGAGCUCUGGCUGCGUCACUUCCUGAGCCUGCUGUCGCAGGUCGCUCUCGCCGGAUACGUCUACUGGAAAUCACGGCCCGGCGUCCGGCUGAUGAUCCCGGCGAUAAUCAUGUUCGUCGCCGGCAUCACCAAGUACGGCGAGCGGACGCUAGCGCUCAGGGCGGCGAGCAUGGGCUGCCUGCGCAGCUCCAUGCUCACGCCGCCAGAUCCGGGGCCAAACUACGCCAAAUUCGUGGAGGAGUGCCAGUCGAGGACGGACGCCGGGCUGGUGGCCAAGAUCGUCAUCGUGCAGGAGCGGCCUCCAGACGACGACCACCAUGUCGAAGUCAAGCAGCAGGAAUAUGGCGACCUGGUGUACAGUGCGCACAGGUUCUUUCAGAUCUUCCGCCGCCUCUUCGUCGACCUCAUCCUUAGCUUCCAGGACCGGAUCGACAGCCUCUCCUUCUUCCGGAGGCUGGAGAUGGAACAGGCGUACAAGGUGGUGGAGAUCGAGCUGGUGCUCAUGUACGAAUGCCUCCACUCCAAGGCCCUCGUGAUUCAUGGUCGCCUAGGCCGCGGCCUACGCUUCUUCACCCUGGCCGCGCCGGUCGUGUCGCUCGUGCUCUUCACCCGCGCGUUGGGUGAUAUGCGAGGCUACUACAAGCAGGUUGACAUCAACAUCUCCUUCGUGCUCCUGGGCGGAGCCAUCUUCUUGGAGACCUACGCGAUUCUCCUGAUCGUCGUGUCCUCCUGGACCUACACCGACAUGCGCAGGACAGAAGCGCUCCGCCCCGUGGCAGCGGCGGUGUUUUGGCUGAUCGGCCUGUUCCAGCCAGAGAAGCGGCCUAGAUGGUCGAACAAGAUGUCGCAGUACAACCUGAUCAGCUAUUGUGUCAAGGACAGGUCCCGCUGGUACAAGAAACCCAUGGAGUGGCUGGAGUGGAGGUGGAACUUCCGCGUGAAGACGAUGUGGGACAGCUGGAGGUACACCACGAGCAUCGGCGUUUCGGAGCAGCUGAAGAGCCACAUCUUCGAACAGCUAAAGAGCAAGGCAAGCAGCAUCAGCAAGGAUCCCAAGAGCUACCGGAAGGUCGGCGAGCACCGUGGCCAGUGGGCGCUCCAGCGCAAGGGUCUCUACCAGAAGCUGGGCUGGAGCGUCGACUGCGAGUUUGACGAGAGCAUCCUCCUCUGGCACAUCGCCACAGAACUCUGCUUCUACAACAAACAUUAUCGGGCUCCGGCGGAGAAGGAUGAUGACGGAUGCUGUAUCAGCUGCUCCUCGUCGUCCAAGUGUCUCCGGUGCCUCUGCGUCUCCAGCUCGGCCCCUGCCGGCAACAACGACGACGAUCAUGGCACCACGGCACGAGAAAGAGACCCGGAUAAUCUGGUGACCGUGAGCAGGGAGAUAUCGAACUACAUGCUGUUCCUGCUGGUCAUGCGCCCGUUCAUGAUGACGGCGAGCAUCGGUCAAAUCCGCUUUGGUGACACCUGCGCGGAGGCCAAGAACUUCUUCCGGCGAGACGACGAGACCAGGGACGAGAAGGGAUGUGCUAACAGGCUCACGGACGUGGACACGUCGAUCGCAGAGCCACGGGACGUGAAGGGGGACAGGAGCAAGUCGGUGCUCUUCCAGGCGUGCAAGCUCGCGAAGCAGCUCAUGGAGCUUGAGGGCAUCACUGAGGAGAGGAGAUGGCAGCUCAUGGCCGCCGUGUGGGUGGAGAUGUUGUGCUAUUCGGCCGGAAAGUGCAGUGGCAAUGCCCACGCGAGGCAGCUCAGCCAGGGAGGCGAGCUGCUCACCGUGGUGUGGCUGCUCAUGGCGCACUUCGGCGUGGGAGACCAAUACAGGGUGGAGUCUGGCCACGCCAGAGCCAAGCUCAUUGUUGAUAUCUGAGACUGUUACAUAAGAGGAUGACUAGGGAACACUAUAGCUGUGUUUAUUUCCCUUCAAACUUCCAAAAAUUCCGUCGCAUCAAAUAUUUGGAUACAUGCAUGCCGCAUUAAAUAUGGACGAAAAAAAUAAUUGCACAGUUUACAAGUAAAUUGCGAGACGAAUCUUUUGA